AAUUCCAUAUAAAUGGUUUGGUCGAUAUGUGUAGGGCUAUCAGCAUCUAAUUGAUUUUCACGACACGGGUCUUGACGUAGUGAACGCUCCAUGCUUAUCAGGAAACAUAUCAGAAUGUUGACACCACAACUUCAUUGUGAAUCUAACGUUAUGUAUGGCAUUAGAUUCAAGGGCGAUGAUUACAAUGAGAAACUAUCUCUGCUGUUACUUCACAUGACUUCCAUCCAACUGUAACGAUGAUGACAUUUCACAAUGGUCAACGCAAACUGGUAUACGGCAUUAGGCUUGAUAACUGGUUUGAUGACAACGGUGAUAAUGUUUGACGCGUUGGGGUCACGUCAUACGGAACUACGGGAGGAAACACAGAGGAAAUACCCUAUAGGGACUUCUGGACAGAAAUAUCGUAAUUCAGGGAUCAGACUCCUGUGCUGGGUCCUCACACAGCCCUGCAACUUCGCAAACAAGACAAGAGCAGUCAAAGACACAUGGUCGAAGAGAUGCGACAUAACUUUAUUCUUUAGUUCAGUAGCCAACACUGAAAUACCCACAAUUAAGCUAGAUAUUCCGCAAGGACGUGAACAUCUAGCAGAUAAGUCGUUCGCAGUAUUGAAAUAUUUGUUCCAACAUUAUCACGAUAAAGCUGACUGGUUCUUCAAGGCAGAUGACGACACUUACGUAAUAGUAGACAAUCUACGUCACUUCCUUGGAAAGCAAAACACAAACGGACUUUUUUAUUAUGGUGAGGUUUUUGACAGAAAGAAGCAAGGCGUUUACAACAGUGGGGGUGCUGGCUACGCCCUCGGAAAAGAGGGUUUGAAAAGGAUCGCUUUAUAUAGCGAGGAUGUGGAUGCAUGUCAUCAAGCAGAAAGUGAAGAUGUAAGGGUGGGUGUGUGUCUCAAAACACUGGGCAUCGAUGUUGGGAAGGCAACGGACAGUUUUGGGAGGCCUAUAUUCAACUGGAACAAACCUAUAUCAAUUAUUCAGGGGAAUUGGCCGACGUGGGCGAUGGGGAUUACUUAUAUACAGUCGGGUGUAGAUGCUGUUUGUCCCGUGGCCGCGUCGUUUCACUAUGUUGGACCAUGUGCGAUGCGAAUCAUGGACUUCUUCUUGUAUAACCUGACCACUCAUGGAUAUGACAAACCACGGACAAGCAAUCUUGUCUAAUGUUCCAUGCAGGGUACACACUCAAGACCAACUACCCGAUGAUGAACACGGAGCGUUUAUCAUGGUGAACAAUGAAUAUUCCUUUGAAGAGGAAACGUGUGGCUUUAUAAGCCGGUUUGCUUUAGCUAGUCGAGGAACCCACCAAAUGACCACCCCCAGGGGAUCAUAUUGAUGCAGUUCCUACUAAGGGUUUUCGGAGGAAUAUGUUGAAAACCUUCAAUGGGUCUCCUGUUGCACAUAACAUGAACUAUCAACGAAUGUUUCAUAAUUGAACUUACAAUAUGAACACAAGUGGAUCAGAAUGCCACGUGACAUCAACCGUGAUUGAUGCAGUACCUACUAUAAGUCUGGAAGGUAAUUCAAGGUACUGACGUUUACUACAAUAUGUGAAAAACUAUCGGACCUACUCCAGUCAAAGUUGGUAUGAGAUUACGGGAAUCACGCACGUUGAGACGC